ACGCCGUCAUGAGUGGUCAGAUAUGCUGCCACUUAACUUAAUAAUUUUGUGAAUGAAUGUUUAAUAUGUGUUUAACACCAUUUACUCCAACUGCACUUGCUGGUGUGGAGGUGGAAAAACCAAGAUAACAUCGUAUAUGACGAAUCUAAUUACCAGUAUACACAAUCAUGCACCAUGUUGGUCGCGUCAUGGGUGCCAGGAUUCAUCUUGCAAUCGGGUUGUGUUACUUUAAUACCUACAAAUAUGCUGAAGAAACCCAAGCAGUUAAUUCUUAACCCAGAAUUUGGUGUAUACAGCUGUGAUGGAGCAAAGGAGUGUGUGAGGAGGAGUGUAUAAGGAGAGCGGGCGUGUUGACCCGCCCUGGUGAUACCUGAGCAGUGUGUAGGAGGCACCGCCCAGUGUCAAGUGUAGUGCAGUGUGUUGUGCUUGUCCAUCUUACCUUGGCUCUCGUCAGUCAUGUGGUGGGCGGCGUGACUGGUGGGCGGCAGGUGUCGCAGCCAGUGCCAUGGGUGGCAGGUAGCACCGCGGCGCGGGUGUGUCGCGGGAGUGGGCGGCCGUAAUGGCCCCCGCCCUUACUGAAGCGUCCGACCCGCAGACGUUCCACGUGGCUGCCCACCACCACCACUCGUCAGGGCGUCCCGGCGAGACUCCUGCUGGCCGCAGCAGUUCCCCGCCCACCGCCCAUCUCCCGUUGCAGUAUGGUGGACUGAAGGAGCCUCACGACUGUACUGACGCCCACCUGGCUGCAGCCCUUGCUAACGGCCCCCGCCGCGUCCCUCGCCUCCUGCCGCCCUCGCCCCCAGGCGCGGGUGGGUUGGCAUGUGGGCGGGAGGGCUGUGACCCUCCCCCACGCCCCCACGCCGCCCACACUACCAUGGACCCCCCGUCGGGCCUACCGCCCCUAACAGAAGAAGCCAACGACACCCCUCCUGAUUCGUGCGAGGCUACGACCAUGGGACAGGACACUGCGCCAGUUCACGAUGUCCAGGACAACACGUUGCCCCACAAGUCGCCGCGCCCUCAGCCCCAGGAUGGCGACCUCCUCGCCCUCAUCGGCCGGGACUUCGUUAACAUGAACGAGAUUAUUGAUACGCUGACCCGCUUAGCAGGCAACCCAGAGGUGCUGGAGGCUGUGGAUAGGGCUGCCCUCACACUCCCAGGCGAGGCCAGCCACGCCCCCCACCAGGCACUUGAGACACCCGCUCCAGUGCCCAAAGAAGAACGGGUGCGCCUGCUUGUGGAGGAACUUAGUCGUCGCCAGUGGCAGAUAGAGCGGCGUCAGGCACGCCUCCAGCGACGCCUCCGUCGGGUGACUGCUCGUGGUCUAGGUGCCUCGGUGUCGGGUCAGUUGAGGGAGUUGCUGGACUACGCCCAUGUUACCCUCGCCCAACAACGAGAGCAGACAACGCUCUCUGAGGAGGGACCCACACCGCCCACUCCUCCAGAAGUGGGCGUGGAGGCGCUAAGGGCGGAUGCCAUGCGUACCAUGUCUACCUCGGCACUAGUGAACCUGGUGCGGCGAGUGGAAGCUUCGCAGGGUCUAGCCAGACUAGCUGCAGCGUCGCACCGCCCCGCCCGCAGUCAGCCUCCCACUCCAGCGCCCACCCUGCCCGAACAUACACGGGCAGAAGUGGCGGCCGUGGCGGCGGAGGUGCACGCCGCAUCACACGCCCAUACACAUCACGACUCCGACGCGACUGAGACGUCCUCGGGCGGAGAGUCCUGUGAUGAGGCCGAGGGAUAUAACGACUCCCACACCAACUUCUCACCCGUGCGGGAGAGGGCGUUUUAUCGGUACUGCAGGGCCCGGGCGUGGGUAGCAUCUCGGUGGACGUGGUUACAGGCGCAGGUGGCAGACCUUGAGUACAGAAUCUUACAACAACAAAAAAUAUAUACGCACGUGCGCAACACAAAAGGCGCAGUCCAGUUGGAAGAGGGGAGUCGUUGGAGAGGGAUGACUUUACGCGAUCCCGCUCAUUUAGAUGUCCACGACCCUGCCCUUACGUGCCUGGCUGCCCCCACUGCCCGUACUGCCGUAAAUGGUUAUCAUAGCCGUGUCGAGGACGGCGUGGGCGGCAGCGUUUCCGAUACAUCGUUUGUGUCUGCUCGCACCCAAGGUCUGCGAGCAAUCAAAAGAAGACGUCUAGUGAGGGCAGGAGCUGGUCUCUGUGCCGGAGUCAGACGAGGGGGCGGGGGAGGACGUAUUCCUGCUGUGCAGUGCAAGUGUGUUCCGCCUAUUACAUGUGUGCUAUGCACACGUCUACAAGGCUUGGUCCCCCCUGCAGCCCCUCCAGACCCACACACACAACCAGCGAGUGAACGUUAUGCACGAGUCGAUCCCACUUUUCACCCAGUACUUUCACAACCUGCUGAUGUAUCUUUAUCUGAGAGAUUUGAUGCCAUGUUGAAAACAACAGACUGGCAGCGGCAAAUUUUGACGGCCAAAACCAUCCAGCCUCUCCCAGUAACACGAACUAAUAGAGAAGCCUCGCAAACGGAUAAGAAAAAGAAAAAAGAUAAGGACCGCAAAAAAGAUUUUAAAAAACAUAAGAAAGAAACAAAAGGAAGAAUAACAUUAAAAUUGAAAAAAUCAUUAAUUACGGGAGAGUUAGUAAGAGACGGAGAAUUCAAAAGAAAAAGGAUGUCGGCUCGGGAGGCUAUUUUAACAAUGAAAAGAGUGCGGGUUGACGACGACGACGAUGCGAGUUCGGUGUAUGGAAGUAGCCUCCACUCCUCUCCCUCGGCCAGUCCAGCGCCCAUCGACCGCUCUGCCCAUAAAAGACAAUCCUCGACCUCCAACCAGAAAAAUAAACAGAGUAUGAGUUCAAAUUCCUACGACAUUGACAACAUAGUGAUUCCAUACAGCAUGGCAGCCUCAACCCGUGUAGAGAAGCUGGAGUACAAGGAGAUUCCUACUCCCAAGUGGAGAAUAGUUCCCCUAAUUCCCAACAAUGUGCACAGUGCAACAUGUGGUACUAGUCAGGAAGAUGAGGAUGAAGACAUCAGUGAAGAAACAACAACUGCGCGUCAUAAUCGUAGUGAAGAGCUGGAACGUAAAAAGUUCCUCCAGUACCUCCACGUGCAUGUAACAUCUAGGUCUUCCCGCUCUCGACGAACAGAUUCCUCAGGAACCAACACACCAGACCACCCAUUAUCUCCCAGGCCUCCUGAUCCAGCAAGUGACACAAUCUCACCUUUGGCCACACCACCCACCACACCUUUAGCUCCUUCAGAAGACUCCAAUCAGUCCUCAUCUCUCCCAACCAUUGCUACUAUACCCAAUUCUUCCAGCAGUUAUCCUGUCUCAAGUAUACCUAGUUCCAGCUUUACCACUCUGUCCUCUCAAACUGGGAUGAUAAAUAGUUCAUCACAACUAUCUAUAUUACCUACUACAUCCCAGACAUUGCCUAACCAGCUCCUUAUCCAUAACCCCCAACUUGGAAGUCCUGUAUGUACCCAAAUACCAACGUCAACCUCUAUAUCCUCUUCCGCCUCUCUUUCUACAUCAGCUUCUGUCUCAACUCUUUCAUCUCUUCUACCUGGAAGUCGACGGAACCGCACCUUCAGUAGCAGCAGCAGCAGUAGAACCCGUGGUUUCCUCAAUAUAGAGGAAGGCUUUGCAGAAAGGUUGGAGGGUGUGGUGCCGUAUGAACAACGUGUCUUCCCCCUAAAUGAAACCGAGUAUAUAAUGAUGACGAGGAAUAUGGAUGACUGUGAUAUUGGCCCCCCAAGCCCACCCUUAGAUUCCUCCGCACAUGAAACAAACAACAUUCAAGAGAGUGGCCGGAGUUCCCCUAUGAGUGAAGUAACAGAUUCAGCACCAGAGGACGAUGGAAGAUAUGAUGAUACAGCAGCUCCCAAGUGGACCAUCUCUGGACUCAAGGAUGCUACAGGCCAGUGUGUGUUACAGAUACACCGUAACUGACGGUGGCAGACCUCGGAUAAGUCUGACUCAAGGAAUUGAAUUUUUCUAAGAUGUACAAAAUUCCAAAAUAAUGAGCAAAAUUUUAGAUGUGGACUUGGGCUUCACUGUACAUCCAAGAAAGUGAUGCUGUAUUGGAUCCUUAUUAUUAAACCAGAUGUAAAGUGAAGAAGUGUUUUAACUUCAGGCCUUUGCCAAAAACCUUAACAGUGAUACUGGGCUCUUAAUAUUCAAUAUGGCUGUAGAAAAAAAUUACGGUAAGCUUGUAACAGCUUUUACUUCGGUAUAGUUUCAUUAAGUGAUACUGGUUUAAUUGUCGCCUUUAUUAGGCUGUUGAAUAUGCAGUUGGGCACGCAAUGUGAAACAUCAUCAAAAGUUUGAUUAAUCAUGUAACGGGUGUUAAAGGGUUCUCAAGGAGUCGAGAAGACAAAUUCCUCUCACUGUUGAGGGGCAGUUAUCAUUCUGUUUUCAAUGAAAGCCUUUGUUAUUUAGUUUCUUAGUAACAAGGAUUUAUACCAAAAAAAAAUUUUUAAUUAACUUGGUAACAAUGACUAAGUCAUGUUUAUAUUACGUAUGUGGUACAGAUUAUUUGAAUUUAUUUAAUUAUGGUGGCAUAUCAACCCUCUCGAGUGACUGGGCAGGGAGACCGAAGAAGAACAGAAGAAGGAAAGGAAUGAUGCUUUGGUAAAGUUGCAGAUUUUUAGAUAAAUCAGAUUACAGGAAUGAAAACUUAGGUUGUUGUUACAUGUAGGUGAUCAUUUUAUUGAUGAGUGUUACAUUACUAAGUAGAAGAGAAUAGCAUACUGCAUUAAGUUAGUGGGGUAUAUGAGCUAGUGUAGGUUAUCCAGGAGUAACAUGUAUGAAUGAUGAAUUGAUGGUAUGAAUGGAAUGUCUAAAAAGACAGCAGAUAGGGAUUGGGUAGUUUAAGAUUGUGUAAGUGUUUGAAAAAGAAUAUUUUAAAGUUACAAAGAUUGUGUAAGAAAAUAUGAGGAGGGCAAUUUCAGGAUAUGAGUUGCAGUGAAGGCCUUAAAAUUAGUUUUGGCUAAAGAAUAAGUGCUAAGUUUAUCCUCACUCGGUGGUAACUGAGUCACUUGGUCUUACUAAGGUUGAGUGUACAGGCAACAGUGGUGGGAUGGAUUAAGAAAGUGAGUGUUGUGGGAUUGAGAAGUGGAAACGAGAUAAGUAUACAGACACUAUAUUUGAUCUUCUGUUAAUAAUGCCAAAAUGUUCAUAGUGGCUUAAAAUAAUUUUUUUCUGUAUUUCAUGUAUAACUCUCAACCAUAUACAGUAUACAGAUAACUCAACUUAAAUAUAUUAAUUAAUCAUACAAGUUUAUUGUCAAAGGAUUACCUAUUAUUUGCCACAGGGCUGGUUGGUGUUCAUUUAACAGUAAGAUCUUUAUGGGAAUGAUAAGUGCAGGAUAGGAGUAGACAUAUAAACCUGUUACUUGUACAGUAAUUGUAUGGGUUAGCUUGAAUUUGUUUGUUAGCUACCAAUGUUAACAGUACAUUCUACUGUUUGUAAACCAAAGGAAAUCUUUAUCAAUGCACCUUGGGUCAAUUCAUAUCAUAGGCCUGAGAUGUCUUGGACCCUAUGCUUGAUUCAUUGCUAAAACUUGGUACUAAAGUUGAGAUACAAGAAUCUGGACUUCUAAGCAUUUGCUUAGCUGCCUAUUCUUAAGUAUAUCUUGGUAUUUAGUAUUUACGGAAAAGGAAUGAGUGUGUAUCCUUGAUCUGUAUCCAUUGCUCAUUAGGUACUGCAACAGUUAAUAGAGCUCCAGAAAGAGGACCAAUUGUUUAUAUGAGAAGAAUUGUGGCCUCCAGUAAAACUUCUUUGGUCCUCUCUAACAUGCUGUGCUUCACACCUCCAAUGGUUACACAGCUAAAUAUACGCUUAUGUAAUUGUGUCAUGGACUCUCCCAAUAGCCCAUUGUACUUUUUCAUUUUCACUUUUUCACAAAGGAAAUGACAAGUGUUCAACUUUCUUCAUUAGUGUUUCCCUUCUCUCUAUUUUCCUUGAUGUAGGUGAUCUCUGUACCAAUUGUUCUGUUUUAGUCUAGAGGACUAAUGAAAGGUAUUAUUCAUAUUGUUUGCUCUGUUCAAAAAAAAAAAAGUUGCUCCUGUGGGGCCUUGUAAUAAAGUUAUUGUAAAAUAAUAUCAAUAGCAAUUGACAUAUUUGUACCUUGUCACCGUUACCCAUCUGAGCAGGACUUAACUGUACAGUAUUUGCUUUCUAAAUUAGAACACUUUCUCAUUUUAUGAAUGCAGAUAUUCAGUUUUCAGUUAUUUAUAAUUCAAGUCCUUAAGAUAGGAUGGGUACAAUGGCAUCUUUGUAAAUAAUGUAUAGGAUCCAAUUGAACACAGGUAUUUAUAUCAUUCAAUGUCCCAUUGAAUUUAAUACUUGUUGCCUGAUUGAAAAAGCACUGUCCUAAGUCAUUUAAAUGAAAAGAAAAGAAAAAAAAAUACAAACUGA